AUGGUAGAACCUACUGUAGAUCCUGGUAGUUCAGAAUCUUCUUUAUCAGAUUUACACUCUAGUAGGUCGUCAAGUACAUCAGUUCAUUCUUUUGAGCCAGAAAGUUUAGCGGAUCUUAGGACUUACAACAGUCGGGUUGAAGACAGGUCCAAUGUCUACCCACAGGUUGAGACGGAGAUGCUAGGCCGUAUCAUGACGAGCAGUAACGUUGCAUAUCAGGAAAACAGUGAUAACAACUUACGUAGAAAGAGUAUUAUAGCACCAACUACUUCGGCAGGCUCCUCCGCAAGUACUGCACAAAGUGAUAAGAAUUAUUUGCAAUCUAUUUUAAGUAGCACCUUCGGAAAUGGUGCUAUUCAGGAAGAACAGGGACUUUCAAGACGUCCGAGCGAUGCAAGAAGUGAGUUAAGUAUUGUCAGAACUAUAACUAAUAAGCUAAUCCCACUGGAAGCAAAGCAAACAAAUUUUUUUUCCAAGAGAAUUAAAGAUGAAAGGAAAUGGGUUAUUUUACAAUUUCUGGGGACCAAUUUGAUUCUUAUAUGUGUUAUUCUAGUGAUUUUCAAUUUAUUCUGGGGUGUUGUUUACAACACAAAUUAUUACUUCCAUAAGGUAAAUCAUUUAGUGGUUAUUCAGGAUGAUUCAUUGUCAAACGAUAGUCCAGUGGCAUCAAUGACCGCUAUUUUACCUUCAUUGAUACAAGCACUUCCCGGAAAUUGGCAUGUUUACAACACGACUGAAUUUCAAGAAAAAUUUCAUGUCACUACAACUCAAGAAAUUAAUGCAAAAGUUACUGGCUUGAUAUAUCAUGAGGAUUUUUUUGUAUCAUUGAAUGUGUUUCCAAACGUUACUCGAUCCCUCUACAACUCACUUACAAGCUCAAGCUCCAACAUUUUCCAACCUUCAGCAUUUUUCGAGGUUACAUAUGAGACAGGUCGAGACCCAACAAAUCUUAAAAAUUGGAUUCUUCCCGUUAUGGAAGAGCUUGAAAUGGUUUAUCAGCAGUAUUAUACUUCUACCUAUUUCCCGCAAUUUAUUGAUAAUAUUACUACAGCACCAUUAACUGCGACACAGUUAAAUAUGACGAGAAUUACCUCGGCAGGUGAAUUUGCCUUCACUUAUGUUGAUUAUAGGCAGUUUUACUCAAGGACACUAUUAUGUACAACACAGUUUGGCCCUAUAUACACUCUUUUAUUGACCGUGUUUCAGUUUAUGAUAUUCGGUCCUGUUCAUGCUGAAAUGGCCAAAGUGUUGAAACCAAGACAUACCAUUAUUUAUAGGUAUGCAAUCACUUCAUUGACAUGUUUCAUACUUUCCUUGUUUGUCUGCACGGUGUCAGCAAUCUAUCAAGUUGAUUUUACUCUAGCAUUUGGUAAAGCUGGGUUUGUAAUCUACUGGAUGUCAAAUUGGUUGUUUAUGAUGGCUGCUGCAGGGACAAAUGAGAAUGUUCUGAGUAUAAUAUUCCUUUUAAAGCCCCAAUUUGCAGGUAUCUGGAUUUUUUCCUUCAUAGUAAUCAACUUGGCGCCGACGAUUUUCUCACUGGCAUUGAGCAACAAUUUUUAUAGGUAUGGGUAUAUGAUGCCCUUGCACAAUGCUGUAGAUAUUUUUAGAGUUAUUUUUUUGAACACCUCAAGAGUGAAAAUGGGAAGGAAUUAUGGUGUGUUGGCUGCUUGGGUUGUUAUCAAUAUGGCUUUGUGUCCAUUCGUUAUACGGUUUGUGGCUAAAACAGCUCAAAAGAGAGCAUUGGCUGCUAUGGAAAGCACUGAUUCAUCUCCUACUAAGGAUUCUGUAGAGUCUGUCGACACUGGAAGCAACAUCAGUACGACGACUGACGCAUCACCUAACAGAAGCGCAAGUAUAUACUCGGCAACUUCUUUAUCAACAUCCACGAGUUGUUCCGAUCGCUCUACAAGUGAUGUGCGAUCGCAAUCUUAUCAAUCCCCAUGA